UGUGUCCCAUGUGCUGGCCAACCCUUGGACGACCCCGACAAUUUCUGUGGCUACACUGCGGAGGACAACUCAUACGAGGUUAUUCCGCAAACCUGUGUUGUCAGGGAGUACUUCUUCGAGAUUCAGAACACCACUAUCUCUCCUGACGGCAUCGAACGUAUCGCGCUUGUCGUGAAUGGCCAAAUGCCGGGCCCUGCCAUUACUGCCAACUGGGGUGAUACCAUUGUCCUCCAUGUCACCAAUUCCCUACAGAACAACGGCAGUACCAUCCACAUGCACGGUCUGCGACAGAACUACACCAACGAGUUCGACGGCGUUCCUUCCAUCACGCAGUGCCCAAUCGCACCAGGCGAGAGCAUGACUUACACCUUCAGAGCGACCAACUACGGUACUUCAUGGUGGCAUUCUCACUUUUCCCUGCAGGCCUACGAGGGUGUCUUCGGACCUUUGAUCAUCAACGGACCGAGCCACAUCGAGCAAACCUACACCGACGACCAGACCAUUGUGCUGCAGGAUUGGACGCACGUGCCAGUCAAUGCGAUGUUCGACGCCGCCGAGGAUGUCGGUCCGCUCCCUCAGAAUGGACCGCGGACUGUGGACGGAGGUCUCAUCAACGGUAUGAACGUCUGGGGUCAAGAUGGUGCCGCCGGCACGACAGGUGAACGCUGGCAAAUGAGUGUAACCGCUGGCCAAACUUACCGCCUUCGCAUAAUCAACAGUGCGAUCCAGUCCACAUUCGUCUUUGGAAUCGAUGGCCACGAGCUUACAGUCAUUGCCGCCGAUUUCGUACCGAUUGUGCCGUACACAACCAACACUAUCAUCAUGACCAACGGCCAACGUUACGACGUCUUGGUCACGUUCAACCAGGCCCCAGGCAACUACUGGAUGCGCUCUGACAGUCAGCAACUCUGCGGUUCCAUGACCGCGUGGAACAACGUCAUGGCCAUUGUGAACUACGACACAGUCACCCCGGCUGUGCCAACUUCCACAGCACACAGCUAUGUUGCAGGGUGCUACGACGAACCAAUGGCCAGUCUCGUCCCCUACGUCGCGCUUAAUGCCGGUACACAACAGGACCAGAUCUCCGAAUCAGUCAGCAUCGGCGCUGCUGGCGGCACACCAAACUUGUACAAGUGGACACUCAAUGGCGUGUUCUUCCAGGGUGCGUGGGCUGAGCCGACGCUCGUUUCACUCGUCGAGAACAACACCAUUCCUACGGUCUCUGGCGACCUGGCCAUUCAGGUGCCCGACCUCGGCGAGUGGGUUUAUGUCGUGAUCGAGUCUCCAUUCAUUGGCGUCCCACAUCCGAUCCAUUUGCACGGUCACGACUUCUACAUCCUCGGCCAGGGCGUUGGCUCGUACGACAGCUCGGUCGCUUUGAACCUCGUCAAUCCACCACGUCGUGACGUCGCAGUCAUGCCUAUCGCUUCCGACGCGUCUCAGGGUGGCUACUUGGUCAUCGCCUACAUAACCGACAACCCCGGUGUCUGGUUGCUGCACUGCCACAUCGGCUGGCAUGUUGCUAUGGGUUUCGCGCUGCAGAUCAUCGAAAACAUGGAGAACAUCGCAUCGACAGUGACGGACUCAUGCUUGAUGCAGGACACUUGCACAGCAUGGGACUCGUACGCAGUAGCGAACAACGACGUCGACACCACCGACUCUGGUGUGUAA